GGGGCCACGGCGGGCAGCGCGGGGUGAUCCUGGCGAGCUGUGGUCUCCGCGCUCCGGGACUCGGCCGGCGCUCGGGCUGCGGUCCUCGCGCGCUGUCCUCCCGCCGCCUUUUUCCAAGCGGGCUCGGCCCGGUGCGGCCGGCGGCUGGGGCGAUGUGAACCGGGGCCCGCGGGCGCGGCAGGUUCGCCGCGAUGUGGCUCAAGCCCGAGGAGGUGCUGCUCAAGAACGCGCUGAAGCUCUGGGUGACCCAGAAGAGCAGCUGCUACUUCGUCUUGCAGCGGCGCCGCGGGCACGGCGAGGGGGGCGGCCGCCUCACGGGUCGCCUCGUGGGUGCUCUGGAUGCGGUACUGGAUUCCAGUGCCCGCGUUGCUCCGUUUCGGAUCCUGCUUCAAGUUCCCGGGUCUCAGGUUUAUUCUCCCAUAGCAUGUGGUGAGUUACUGAAUGGAUCAGACAUUUACUGGGCCAUAGCCACUGGGGCAACGUUGGAGGAGAUCAACCAGCACUGGGACUGGCUGGAGCAGAACUUGCUGCAUACCUUGUCGGUCUUUGACAACAAGGACGACAUCGCCAGCUUUGUCAAAGGGAAGGUGAAGGCUCUGAUCGCUGAAGAGACCAGUAGCAGGCUGGCCGAACAGGAGGAGGAGCCCGAGAAGUUCCGAGAGGCUCUGGUGAAGUUCGAGGCCAGGUUCAACUUCCCGGAGGCGGAGAAGCUGGUCACCUACUACUCUUGCUGCUGCUGGAAGGGCCGGGUGCCCCGCCAGGGCUGGCUCUACCUCAGCAUCAACCACCUCUGCUUCUACUCCUUCUUCCUGGGCAAGGAACUUAAACUGGUGAUCCCUUGGGUGGACAUCCAGAAGUUGGAGCGAACGGCCAAUGUCUUUCUCACGGACACCAUCCGGAUCACCACACAGAAUAAGGAGCGUGACUUCUCCACGUUCCUCAACCUGGAUGAGGUGUUUAAGAUCAUGGAGCAGCUGGCAGAUGUGACCCUCCGGAGGCUACUGGACAAUGAGGUCUUUGAUUUGGACCCUGAUCUGCAGGAGCCUAGCCAGAUCACCAAAAGGGACCUGGAGGCCAGAGCACAGAAUGAGUUCUUCCGGGCUUUCUUCCGGCUGCCGAGGAAGGAGAGACUGCACGCUGUGGUAGACUGUUCCCUCUGGACCCCCUUCAGCCGCUGUCACACGGUGGGGCGGAUGUUCACCUCCGACAGCUACAUCUGCUUUGCCAGCAGAGAAGAUGGCUGCUGCAAUGUCGUGCUGCCCCUGAGAGAGGUAGUAAGCAUUGAGAAGAUGGAGGACACGAGCCUGCUGCCCAAUCCCAUCAUUGUCAGCAUCCGCAGCAAGAUGGCCUUCCAGUUCAUUGAGCUCAAGGACAGAGAGAACUUGGUAGAGGGCCUCCUGGUGAGACUGAAGCAGGUCCACGCCAACCACCCCGUGCAUUAUGACUCCUCACCAAGUGACGACGACGACAUGACUUCACCUGUGUUUUAUUCGACAAGCAUGUGCAGUGACAAGUUUGGGGAUCUUGAAAUGGUGUCUUCGCAGAGUAGCGAAGAGAGAGAGAAGGACAAGAGCCCACUGCCACACCCCGAGCCCCUGACUGCCGUCUUCCAGCAGUCCGGCAGCCAGAGCCCCGACUCCCGCCUGUCGCGGGAACAGAUAAAAAUCAGUCUGUGGAACGAUCACUUUGUGGAGUACGGCAGGACCGUGUGUAUGUUUCGCACUGAGAAGAUCCGGAAGCUGGUGGCCAUGGGGAUCCCAGAGUCUUUACGUGGAAGGCUGUGGCUGCUUUUCUCAGACGCCGUGACGGACCUGGCCUCGCACCCUGGGUAUUAUGGGAAUUUGGUGGAGCAGUCGCUGGGGCGAUGUUGCCUGGUGACGGAGGAGAUAGAGCGGGAUCUGCACCGUUCGCUGCCCGAGCACCCCGCCUUCCAGAACGAAACGGGUAUUGCCGCCUUGAGGCGGGUGCUGACAGCGUACGCCCACCGGAACCCCAAGAUUGGAUACUGCCAGUCCAUGAACAUCCUGACCUCGGUGUUGCUGCUGUAUGCCAAAGAGGAGGAAGCCUUCUGGCUGCUGGUUGCCGUGUGUGAGCGGAUGCUGCCGGAUUACUUCAACCACCGGGUGAUCGGGGCUCAGGUGGACCAGUCUGUCUUUGAGGAGCUCAUCAGGGAGCACCUCCCAGAGCUGGCCGAGCACAUGAACGACCUCUCGGCGCUGGCGUCCAUCUCCCUCUCCUGGUUCCUGACUCUGUUCCUCAGCAUCAUGCCUCUGGAGAGUGCUGUGAACGUGGUCGAUUGCUUCUUCUAUGAUGGGAUCAAAGCCAUCUUCCAGCUGGGGCUGGCUGUGCUGGAGGCCAACGCCGAGGACCUGUGCAGCAGCAAGGAUGACGGGCAGGCCCUGAUGAUCCUCAGCAGGUUUCUAGAUCACAUUAAGAAUGAAGACAGCCCAGGGCCCCCCAUUGGCAGCCACCAUGCCUUUUUCUCUGAUGACCAGGAGCCCUAUCCUGUGACCGACAUUGCUGACCUGAUCCGGGAUUCCUAUGAGAAAUUUGGAAACCAGUCUGUGGAGCAGAUUGAACACCUGCGGUGUAAGCACAGGAUCAGGGUCCUGCAAGGCCACGAGGACACCACCAAGCAGAACGUGCUCCGUGUCGUUAUCCCAGAAGUCUCCAUUCUUCCUGAAGACCUUGACGAACUGUACGACUUAUUCAAGAGAGCACACAUGAUGAGCUGUUACUGGGAGCACCCCAAGCCCAUGGCCCUGCGCCAUGACCCCAGCAGGCCCUAUGCUGAGCAGUACCGCAUUGAUGCCCGGCAGUUUGCACACCUGUUCCAGUUGGUGUCUCCGUGGACCUGCGGGGUCCAUACCGAGAUUCUCGCUGAGAGGACCUUCAGGCUCCUGGAUGACAACAUGGACCAGCUCAUGGAGUUCAAAGCCUUCGUAAGCUGUCUAGACGUUAUGUACAAUGGAGAAAUGAAUGAGAAGAUUAAGCUGCUAUACAGGCUUCAUAUCCCACCAGCACUCACUGAAAAUGACAGAGACAGCCAGUCACCAUUGAAGAAUCCUCUGCUGUCAACAUCAAGACCCCUGGUAUUGGGUAAGCCCAAUGGUGACACAAUUGAUUAUCAGAAACAACUGAAACAGAUGAUUAAAGAUUUAGCCAAAGAAAAGGAUAAAACGGAGAAAGAGUUGCCUAAAAUGAGCCAGAGAGAGUUUAUCCAGUUCUGUAAGACUUUGUACAGCAUGUUCCAUGAAGACCCAGAGGAAAACGAGCUGUACCAGGCCAUUGCCACAGUAACCACUCUGCUACUGCAGAUAGGAGAGGUGGGCCAGCGAAGCAGCAGCUCCGGAAGCUGCUCCCAGGAAUGUGGGGAGGAGCUGCAGGCCUCAGCUCCUUCUCCCGAACAGGACUCGGUUUUUGCUGAGACUGGGAAGACUCCCCAGGACCCUGGGGCCUUUCCUGAGGCAGGGGAAGGGGACUGGACUGUCUCCCUGGAACACAUCCUGGCCUCCCUUCUCACUGAGCAGUCACUGGUCAACUUUUUUGAAAAGCCACUCAACAUUAAAUCCAAACUUGAAAAUGCCAAGCUCCAUCAGUACAGUCUCAAAGCUUUGGAAAUGAGCCACCCACCACAGCCUGAACUGAAGCUGAAUAACCUGUAGCCAGGAAUUGUCGGGGAACACACUGGAGCCCACCACACCAAAGCACGGACUGGACUGUUGUCAGUCACUGUCCAGAUUUCGGUCUGAGUUGAGUAUGUGGAUAACCAACCUCAGAGCCACGGCCGGGGAAUUGCUGCAACUCUCACACAGUUCUAUUUAUUAGGUCAUCAGAGGUGGAAUGCCCUUUACACUGUGACUAUCAACUUUGCGGAAACCAGUGUGUCUGUUAUGAGCUUAUCCUUUGAUGGACAAAAAGAUGUCACAGUAACCAAGCGACAUCAACCCCAGGCUCAUGUACCACUGGCAAUGGGAGAGGUCAAGAAACAGGCUCACCUCCAAGAUCCCAGAACCAUUGUCUGCACAACUGUAUUUGGCUUUUUUUGCACUAAUUUUGUUUCAAUGCUGGUAAUUGAAACCAUUUUAAUAUAUUUCGUUGUAUUCACUUUGUAUGUCCUCCCCAAAACAAACCAUGCUUUCAAUGUUGCCUGCCCCCUCCCCCAGUUUUUAAUAAAAAUCUUUUUUUUUGUACCGAA